CUGCCUCGGCUACGGUGCAGGCCGCGCCGGGAUCCCAGCGAGGGGGGACAAGGCUUGAUCUCCGUGUUCGGCGGUUCCUGGAGCGGGAAAAUACAUGUCCCGAGCAUGGGGGAGAACCAGGAUGUCACUCUUGCUGGGACAAAAAGGUUCAUUCGCAUGGAACUUUAUGGAGAACUAAACUGUACAGACUGUGUUGAGGGAAGGAGUUACUAAUGGCUGGCCAGGACACAAGCCCGCAAGAGGAGGACAGCCCGCAGGAGAGCCCUCAAGAGAGAGGCAUUGUGCAGGUCUGGAUGGCAUGUGGUCUCUCUGGGAUCCCCAAGCAGCUGCCUGGUCUUGGUGGCAAGGUGGUGUUACAGGCUUCUCUGGGAGCAGAACAUGGCGUACUCUUGACAGAAGAUGGCAAUAUCUACAGCUUUGGACGCCUUCCACGGGGACUGGAUUGUGAGGCUAGUCAGUCAACAGGCCCAAUGCUGGAGCAGGCCUUGGCUGGUUUGCACGUGGUUAGUGUGGCAGCUGGUAGCUAUCACAGCGGGGCAGUAACCGAGGAUGGAGCCGUAUACAUGUGGGGAGAGAACUCAUCCUGCCAGUGUGCAGUCCAGGGUCAAAGCCAGAUCCCGACACCCACCCUGGUCACGAUAUCAGACUCUGAAACCAGCCCCCCAGAGCUGGUCAAGACAGUGCAGCUGGCCUGUGGAGAACAGCACACCUUGGCUCUGUCAUCACGGCGGGAGAUCUGGGCCUGGGGCAGCGGCUGCCAACUCGGACUCGUCACAGCCACUUUACCCGUGGCAAAGCCUCAGAAGCUGGAGCACCUGGCUGGCCGAGCAGUGAUGCAAAUUGCUUGUGGUGCCCACCACAGCCUGGCACUGGUUCAAAGGCCUUCGCCCCAUGAGAAGAAGCAGAACUCGGAAAAAUGCCACCACUGCCACCAGCUGCUGCUGACCAUGAUGGACAAGGAAGAUCACGUGAUCAUCUCAGAUAGUCACUACUGUCCACUGGGCAUGGCACUGUCCAACUCAGAACGCAAGAACUCUGCCCAAACUCCUAAUCACCACUGCUCCCCAUCUGAGCAACUCCCUUACAAUCAUGGAGCAGACACGGACAGCUCUGAACUGCCCCAGCCAGUGCAUCCUGAGCACUUCCCAAGUGAUACUGACAAAGCAGAGCCAGAAAAAUGUCCUGAUAGCUCUGAAGCAGGUGAACCUUCCAGCUUGCAGCAGGAGCCCGAUGGAGUACUAAACCACACAAAACCCAGGAGUUCACAGUACCCCGAUGAGGAGGCAGUAAAGGCAUACCUCAGAAAACUGUCUGACAUCUCCCAGUCGGACCCCUCCACAAAAAGCAUGCACCCUCCCAACCUGCCGCCUUUAUCCACAUCUGAGGACACCCCACCCAGCAGUCCUUCCUCUGCAGCACCUUCAACGCUCAAUAACCUGGUUGUCUCCUGCGCCUCGGUUGUUGGCGAGAGAGUAGCUGCCACCUAUGAGGCCCUUUCACUCAGAAAAGUAGUGAACUACUAUUACCCAUCUCAGGGUACUGUUGGCAGCCCAGCCAGUGGUGGAAUCCAGCACAAGGAGACCAGGAAGGAACUGGUGAAAAUGGAAGAGACCAUGCCCGACAAAAAGAGCUUCAGCCUGGGGGAUAUACGGGAGGAAGACUCGGAGGGCUUUUGUCGUCGGCUCUCUCUGCCAGAUCUUCUAUCCCAAGUUUCCCCAAGACUUCUCAGAAGAGCAGGACGUGCAAGAAUUCGAUCAGUGAGCCUGACCCCAACGCCUGGGAGUGAGGUAGCUGCACACCUUCCUUCCUUACAGACGGAGUUAUGGAGCUGGGGACGAGGCAAAGAGGGUCAACUGGGUCAUGGAGAUGUCCUUCCCAGACUUCAACCCCUGUGCAUCAAGAGCCUGAGCAAUAAAGAAGUGGUCCAGGUGGUGGCUGGUGCAUAUCACUCAUUGGCUUUAACUGCUAGGUCACAGGUAUAUUCAUGGGGCAGCAACACCCAUGGACAACUUGGCCACACAGAGUCACCCACCAUCAUGCCUCGCCUAGUCAAGUUUCCAGAGGGUGUCCGUGUGUGGGAUAUAGCAGCAGGACAAGAACAUUCCCUUUUUUUGACCGAUGGUGAAUCCUUCCAGUCCAAUGUCUAUUACAGUGGACAACAAGUGUCGCAAGAGACCAGGACCACUGAAUGUGGUCACUCAUGCACCCAGAAACCAAUGCUUCUAGCAGACUGUAGUAAGAUUGGAUACAUAAACAGCCUGGUUGCAGGGGGACAGAUGUGCCUGGAGCUCUCAGACAGGAACGUAAUGGGCUACAUUGCUAGCUUACAUGAACUGGCAUCAUCAGAGAGGCGAUUCCAUUGCAAGCUGAGUGACGUGAAAAAUCAGAUACUCAAACCCCUGCUGGGUUUAGAUAACCUAUCUUCCACUUUGGGUUCGACUUUGAGCCAGUUACUACAGGACACAGCCAGCAAAUAUAGCAAACUGUGCUACCUGAUUGGACAGCACACAGUCACCUUAAAUAAGUUCCUUCACACCUCAAAGGAUGUCAAAACACUCGCCAUGUUGGAGCACACAAACAUCUUCCUGGACACGUUCAAAGAGUACUCAAACUCGGUCGGGAAUCUUUUGGUGGUUGGUGGUUUUCAAGCACUGGCCAAGCCAACAGUUGAGCUCUUCAACAAAAGCCUGCAAACCCUCCUGCAGUUAGCUGAAGUGACGGAUGAGAGUGUCCAUGCUGCUGACCUCUUGCACACCCUCUUUUACAUGCCCACAAGGCACCUGCAUGAAUAUGCCUGUCUGCUGCUCAAACUUGCAACUUGUUUUGAGGUGGUCUCCAAAGAAUACUACAAGCUGCAGGAAGUCAGCUGUCAGUGUGAAGCCCUUGGCCUGUACUUAAAGAAAAAGCGCAAAGAAGCAGAAUACACCUACAAUUUCUGGAAAACAUUUCCAGGGAAAAUGACGGCUUUUCUGACGAGACAUUUUUCCACUGAUUCACUGAGGAAGCCAGAGCGACGCCUCAUAUGUGAGAGCAGCAACAGGGCACUCACACUGCAACAUGCUGGCAGAUUCUCCAUUAAUUGGUUUAUCCUCUUCAAUGAUGCACUAGUCCACGCUCAGUUUUCGACGCACCACAUAUUUCCUCUCGUGACACUUUGGGUAGAGCCUCACAUUGAAGAAGGCAGCAACCCGAAUUCCCUGAAAAUAACCACAGCUGAAGAACAGUUCAUCCUCACUGCGGUGUCACCUCAGGAGAAGACCAAAUGGUUAAGAGCAAUUAACCAAGCUGUGGACCAGGCACUGAGUGGUGCUGAGGACUACCUGCCCCCUGGACCAGGGAAUGCCACACGAUCAGAACCCCCAGUCUCGCGUACGGCCAGUUACACCUUCUACAAGGACCCACGACUGAAGGAGGCAAUUUACGAGGGUCGCUGGUUGGCUGGAAAACCACACGGCAAGGGUGUGCUGCAGUGGCCUGAUGGGAGAAUGUACACUGGUGACUUCAGAAAUGGGUUAGAGGAUGGGUAUGGAGAGUACAUCUUACCCAACAAAGCGAUGAAGAAAAACGAUCACUAUCAAGGCCACUGGAGAGAAGGCAAGAUGCAAGGCCAUGGAAUCUACAAAUAUGCCACAGGAGAGGUGUAUGAAGGCUGUUUCCAAGACAACAUGCGCCAUGGUCACGGCUUACUCCGCAGUGGCAAAUUGACAUCGUCUUCCCCCAGCAUGUUCAUCGGACAAUGGGCACAGGACAAAAAAAUGGGCUAUGGUGUGUUUGAUGACAUCACUAGAACGCCCGCCAUCAAACGUCCUCCCCCCGCCAGGAGGGUGGGAUGGUCCUGGCCGUGGACGUCCCAGGCGCCAUCUUCAGCGCACCUCAGUGACCAGCCAGCUGGAGGCACAGGAGGUGAGAAGUACAUGGGCAUGUGGUUGGAUGAUAUCCGCCAUGGCAAUGGAGUUGUGGUCACUCAGUUUGGCCUGUACUACGAGGGUGCGUUCAGCAACAAUAAAAUGAUGGGCUCUGGUAUCCUGCUUUCCGAGGAUGACACCAGCUUUGAAGGAGAGUUCUCAGAUGACUGGAUCUUAAAUGGAAAGGGAAUCCUGACCAUGCAAAAUGGUGACUACUUUGAAGGAACUUUCAAUGGAGAGUGGGGUGCAGGGAUUAAAGUUGCGGGGACAUACUUCAAACCUAACUUAUAUGAGUCCGACAGUGAGAAAUCGCGUGUGCUGAAGUUGGGUAAACUUGCAGUGCACCCUGAUGAGAAAUGGAAGGCCGUGUUUGAUGAGUGUUGGAGUCAGCUUGGCUGUGAAGCUGCUGGGCAGGGUGAUGUCCUGAAGGCUUGGGAUAACAUUGCAGUUUGUCUCACCACAAGCAGACGGCAGCACAAGGACAGCCCCGAUUUCAGGAGUCGAUCCCACACACAAACGUUGGAGAGUUUGGAAGUUAUCCCUCAGAUUGUUGGCCCCAUCACGAUGGAUAAAUACGAGACCAUCCGGAAAUAUUUAAUAAAGGCAUGUGACACCCCUCUACACCCACUGGGGAAACUGCUGGAGACACUGGUGGCAGUGUACAGGAUGACCUACGUGGGAGUGGGUGCAAAUCGCCGAUUACUGCAGCAAGCUGUCAACGAAAUCAAAUCUUACCUAACUCGCAUCUUCCAACUGGUCAGAUUUCUCUUCCCAUUCCUCCCAGAUGGAGACAGUCUAACCCCAGGAGCACACGAUGAUGAAGAGGUUGACAGCGAGGAAGGGGAUUUACUUAGCCAAGGGGUCCCAGUGGUUACGAGCUGUGGCUUGCUCCUUCCAGUCCUGUUACCCCGGCUCUAUCCACCUCUCUUUACACUCUACGCUCUGGACAAUGAGAGGGAGGAAGAUGUUUACUGGGAGUGUGUGCUCCGACUCAACAAGCAACCAGAUCUGUCCCUACUUGGUUUCCUGGGAGUACAGAAGAAGUUUUGGCCUGUCACUGUCUGUCUACUUGGAGAGAAGAUGGAGGUACAAUCCAUCACAAAGGAUGUUUGCUACGCUUCUGCUAUUGAAAGUUUACAGCAGAUCAGCACAACCUUCACACCAGCUGACAAGCUGAAUGUUAUCCAGCAGACCUUUGAGGAGAUCACACAGGAGGUCCUGACAAUGCUGCAAGAAGACUUUCUUUGGUCCAUGGAUGAUCUCUUCCCUGUCUUCCUGUACGUGGUGCUUCGAGCAAGGAUCAGGAAUUUGGGCUCAGAGGUUCAUCUGAUUGAAGAUCUGAUGGAUCCUUCAGUACAGCACGGAGAACAGGGGAUCAUGUUCACCACCCUGAAGGCCUGCUAUUAUCAAAUUCAACAUGAGAAGCUAACAUAGGAGAACACAGACCUUUCCUCUCCAUUCCCUUCCUCUGACUCAAAUGAACUGUGCAACAUUUGGAUGGCUGGCCUGUGGAUGCAGAUGUGGUGCAUUCGAGCACCCAGUUAGAGACAAGCCCGUUUUGGUCUUGACCGUGUUCUGUCACUCCCACUCACUCCCAAGAUCUCUCACUGAGUUGUUCUCAUUCAGAUGCUCAUUCUGCUCAUCUCUCUUCCCUGCCUUGCAAACUCAUUCACCCACCUUCCUUACCUUCCUUGCACACACAUUUGCUCAGCCUCCCUCAUUUGCUUCCAACCUCCCGUGCACCUGAAUACUUUUGCCUGGGUGUACACUCCCACAGUGACGGAAUUUGACCUGAAAAGUUUUAAAUCUGAACAACUGAGGUUAACUUUACAGCUUAUUUCACAUGAAAUGUAUUUAUAUGGUGUUUCAUUGGAUAACAAAAGAAAAUUGGUUAGGACUUAUCCUAGAGUAACAAUGCACCAGAAUCAAGAAAUGAAAUGACUGACAAUGUAUUUGUGUUGUUACAGAAUAGACUAAUUGGAAAGUGAGUACAGAGAACUGUUCCAGUAUUUGGGGACAUAAUUCUGUCUGCUAUUACACUGAAUAUUAGGGAUAUGUGGCACUGCUAUUUCUCAGUCUCCUGGAACCCCCUCAUUUCAUCUGUUGAAUAGGGACAGAGACGGGGGGACAUUACGCCUGCACACUUUAGGAGUUCAGGGAAGACAACAAUGUAAUGGCAAGUCAAUAUCAAACGUUAAUGAGACCACAAUUGGAGAAGUGUGUACAGUUUCUGAGCUCCACACUACAGGAAGGAUGUUGAGACAUUUGUGAAUUAGCUUCAUUAGGAAGCUGUGUGGUUUGGUGAAUUGACAAAACUUGAAAAAUCAGAACUAUUUUCAUUAGAACAGAAGAUGGGCGAGGUUAGAGACUGUAUCCAAUAGUUGCUCUGGUAUGGAAUGAUGUGGGCAGUGGGGGAGACUGUCACAGAGGAAUCAUGGUAAGUACAUGGUUCAGCAUCAAAAAAGGUGUAGGAUUAUAUAAGAUAUUUUGGAAAAGUAACAAGCAGUCUUAGAAGAUUGUGAGGCUGUGAAAUUCACCUAAUAAAUUAAUGGGGAGCCUUGUUAUUUCCAUUAGUUUCUACAAAUUCCAGUUGUUUUUAUUUGUAGUUGUGACUGGUUGGUUGAGUUGGGACCUCCUUCUGCCCAUGGUUUCUGAUCUUCAUUAUUCUUCCCCUUCAUUGCUUUGAGCACAUAUAGGGAAUCAUGGGUAAUAAUUGUAAAAGAGAUUUGAAACCCUGUCCCACUUGGAUUCACCUCAAACCCUCUUUGUUUUGCCCACUAAACAAAGCUGUGGCGCUUUUGGGGGCUUCGUUGUUCAAAGGGCGUUUUGAUUAAUUCCAGAUGUCAGUUGCCACUUUUUCAUUGUGUUGACACCAGCUGAGGUUCGAUUUCUUUUCAUAUUCCUGCUUUUUCUUUAGCCAUUUUCAGAAUCAUCAAACGUGUGUCUUCCUGAGUCAUCUGUACAAAUUCACUUGAUAAUUCUGAAAUUCCUCUAUCUGCUCUAAAAUUCCAGUUUUGCCUCAUUUUUAGAUUUCCCCCUCAGUGUCUGUGUCAGUGUCUGAAAACCAGUGAUCUCUUUCCUGUGACUGGCCAUCUGACCUCCACACACUACUCCAAAUGUGAUUGAUCAGUGUCUAAUGCAGUCACUUGACACGUAAAUGUGGAAUAUAGAUCUAAAGUAAAAGGUGCAGUACUGGAAAUGUAUUGCUCUGUCCCUCGUACUCUCUGAGGUAUCCGAUUUCCCUGAGAUGGAUGGGGAUAGCGCUGACCCCCUCAAGGUCACAGCUCUUCUUGAGGUACCUCUGCACUGCAAACCCGUGUACAUUUUGUGAUUGUCCAGGAAUCAUGUGAUUUCAGCCUCCGCUAGGGGAACAGGGUAUCUGCUGUGUGCAGAUGGAGAUAGGAACGUGAGAAGGUUAAAUUCCCCUCUGGGAUGACAGGCUGCCUAAAGUGUUUCAAUAUAAACUGGCUUCCCAUUGAGAGUAGGUUGUGUUCUCUUGUGAUCUGCGUGCAUGUUGAGUUGUGAUAGGGAACACCAAAUGAUUCUCCCACUCUUUAUUUAAGUGCCCUGUCAGUGAGAGACAUGGGAUGUGGAAUCUUUGCUUAAGGAUAGGCUCGAAGGGCAGUGUGGGUGACUUAUACAUAAUAUAAGGCCAUUUUGCCUGUUUAAACUUCCUGCACAGAUUGCUUCCCACCUGCUGUCUGCAUUUCUGAUGGCCAGUCAUUGCUUGAGGUCUGUAGGACAUUUUAAUGAUUAAUUCCUGUAAUAUUUUGCUCCUCUCCACUUCUGCCUCCCAAGCUGUAUUUUCUAUAAUCCUGUUAACCCUUUGAUAAAUGGGCCAGAGCACUGAAGAAUCAUUGUUGUAACUCUUUCACUGGCUGUGGGGUUCAGUGGGUAGCUUAUUCACCUCAGAGCCUUAAGUUUAAGGGUCACACCCCGCACCGGAGUCCAUGAGCCAGGUUGACACUCUGGUUCUGAGGGAGUGUUGCACUCCUGGAAGUGCCAUCUUUCAGUUGAGACAUAAUGAGAAGAUGGUCCCAAAGACUGAGUCAGAUAAUUAAAAGAAAGUCCCUCAAUAAUUUGAUCAGGACAUGCAAGUAAUUCUGAAGCACAUGAAGAAUCUCAGGGUCAUGAACCCUGCCUUUGAUACUGCUGCAUUGAGAGUGCUUUACAGAUUCUGUCCUGUCAAAUAUUGUCACACUCGUAUUGCAGUAUUCUAUUUAUUAAUAAAAGGUUUAAUAUUUUGUAGUCUUGUGAAAACAUUGAAGAGAUUGAAUAUAAAUCUAAAAUGUGUACAGAGAAUUGUUUUAAAACUGACAUUGUAUAUUGUGUUUCACAGUAUAUUGGAUUAUUGUGAUCCACAAUGGCUGCAAUAAAGUGGAACUCGCGCCUCCUCAGGCACCUUUA